GUUUCCGUAAUUACAAGUAGGUUAAAGGAGUUUGUGAUAAAAUGGCCAUGGACAGAGGUGAGUUUGUUACAUUCCAAAGGGCACAGGAAAUUGGGAGGCUGGUUCUAGGAAGAAGAAUAGUAACCAGAUUGUUGUGUCGGUUGUGUUGGUCAAGGGAAAAAGAUGGCGGCCUAGGAUUUGGGGAAAUGUCUCCAGAUGUUAGGAGAAGCAGAAGGGUGAGAGAGGUAAUAUGGGAGUAUUACUUAUAUGGAGGGACAGGUCCCAGUGUCCUGGAGGUUUGAUUAGUAUGUGGGUUCAGAAUUAGC